GUUUGGCGUGUGUAUUCGUCGGACAGCGUCUCUCCAGCACGCCCUUUGAAAUUUGCUGUGUGCGGUGGAUUUUGACAGAUACAACAUCCCGGUGAUACGUUUUUCGGCUAUUCGCAGACUAAGAGAAGAUGACGACGGAGGAAGGUCAGGCGGAGACUGCAGCAGUUGAGGAGAAUCGUCCGCCUCCACCUCAACAGCGAUCACCAGUUAAAAAGUCACCGGAGCCGAAAAGGGCUCCUUCUAGACAUCCAAAGAUGCAGUCUGCUAAAAUCCUCUUGAUGGAUUCGACAGAAGUCAUGUGUGAAGUUGAGAAAAAAUCCAAAGGACAAGCUCUAUUAGAUAAAGUCUGUGAUAACAUGAACCUUAUGGAAAAAGAUUAUUUUGGAUUAACUUACCGUGAUGCUGCUGAUCAGAAGUACUGGUUGGACCCUGUUAAAGAUAUCAAGAAGCAAAUCAGAAGUGGCACAUGGGUUUUUAAUUUCAAUGUCAAGUUUUACCCCCCAGACCCAUCACAAUUACAAGAAGAUAUCACCAGGUAUCAUCUGGUUUUACAGCUUAGAGACGACAUACUGAAGGGCAAGCUUCCCUGUUCCUUUGUAACUCAUGCUUUAUUAGGCUCUUAUAUCGUGCAAGCUGAACUAGGUGACUACGACCCUGAAGAACAUGGAACCGAUCCAACCUAUCUUUCAGACUUUCGUUUUGCUCCAAAUCAAGCAAGAGAACUAGAAGAAAAGAUUAUGGAAUUACACAAAACCCACAAGGGUCAAACUCCUGCAGAGGCUGAACUCCAUUAUUUGGAAAAUGCUAAGAAAUUAGCAAUGUACGGAGUGGACCUACAUCAUGCUCGGGAUUCAGAAGGUGUUGAUAUUAUGCUUGGUGUCUGUGCAAAUGGCUUGUUGAUUUAUCGUGACAGGCUGAGAAUCAAUCGCUUUGCUUGGCCUAAGAUUCUUAAGAUCUCGUACAAGAGAAACAACUUCUACAUUAAGAUCCGGCCAGGAGAGUUUGAACAAUUUGAGAGUACCAUUGGUUUUAAACUAGCCAAUCACCGGGCUGCAAAAAGACUCUGGAAAGUUUGUGUGGAACAUCACACCUUCUUCAGGUUAGUCCAACCAGAGCCCCCACCGAAAGGAAAAUUAUUCCAUCUCGGAUCCAAGUUUCGUUAUAGUGGACGUACUCAAUUCCAGACUCGUCAAACCAAUGCCCUUAUUGACCGCCCUUCGCCUGCAUUUGAGCGUAUUAGCAGUAAGCGCUUUCAUAGUCUUGAUGGAGGUUAUGGUCCACCGCGUGAUGCAAAUAGACCAGAUGAAACAAAGCCAAAUAAGGAUGAUGUUCAACCAGUGGCUGAUGAAAAAGUCCCAUUUGCCGACAACGAGCGUGGAGGUCCCGGUCCCGGUGGUGAACCAGACGAAACGCGGAUUGUGCCAUGUGUUGACUCGGAGGAAGAGCUCGACAAUGACGACGCUGGCCUGUCAAGGGAUGCAACCUCUGAUGAAGGGGAAUAUGAUGGGGAAACUGGUUACACUCAUAAGCCGGGUGAUGAAAACCAGGAAGGAAGUCCACACAGAUGGGGUACUAGUUAUGAAAUGAAAACUACAACCACAACCGUCAGUCAUGUCCGGGAUGGUUAUCCUGUUGGAACUGAUGAUCAGGACAAAGAACCAGAACCAGAGGAUGAGCCUAAGCAAACAACGGAAUCUCCUGUAAGAGGUCGUGUCCCUGUUGGUGGUAUGCCACACCAAUUCGAUCCUGAAGAUAACACUGUUGUAACACGAACUUAUACUACAGAAGUACCUCCUCCAGAGGGACAGCCUCGAGAGUAUGGCACGGUUAUAACCAAGGAAACAGUUAUUCAAACAUCUGUGCAGCGAGUUCCUGGCAGUUAUCCCGACUAUGGUGGUCCAGCGGUUGCUCCUUAUGCUCCUCAGUCUUCAGAUGAGGAGAUAGACGAUGACAAUGUUGCUGAUACUAAGGAGCCUGAAGAAACGGCUCCAAGUUAUUUAGAUGAAUACUUAGCUGAACAGGCUGAUGAAGACGAUGAAGAGAUGCUUGCCACACCUUCAUUUGAAGCAGCCCCUGUAGUGAAAACCGCAGCAUUAAAGUACCAGCCGGGAGAUGACGACGAUACGACUGCAACAACUGAUGUACCAAUAGUGCAUACAGAAACCAAGACAAUUACAUAUGAAUCAAAUGAAACUAAUGAGGAUGAGAAUACUGACAUUGAUCCAAGUACACUUCAGAGUGCACAAACUAUUACCAGUGAGACGCAUACUACUACAACCACCACACAUAUAACAAAGACUGUUAAAGGUGGUGUUUCUGAGACGCGUGUUGAAAAGAAGAUUGUAAUUCAAGGAGAUGCUGAUAUUGACCAUGAUCAGGCCUUAGCAGAUGCCAUCAAAGAAGCAACAGCAUUAAACCCAGACAUGACUGUUACGAAAGUAGUGGUACAUAAAGAAGGUGAUGAGGUGGUGGAACAUGUACAGGAAAAUGGAAAUGGAAGUAUCUAGAAUUAUGGAUGGAAUUGCACUUCAGAAUUGAACAAAGUUUUAUAUUAUCUCUACAACAUUUCACCAACAUUAAUGGUCCCAAACACAUUGCCAGCCUUUACUUCCAAGCUGCGCUCAACGUUUUCUUACUAAUCAUGCCACAAAGAAAUAAAUGACUUUAAAUUCCUACAGGCGUGUGUGUAAAGUUAAAGAGUAAUGCAAUGUACAAGACUUUGUCACACAUUUUUUGGAUUAAUUGUAAAAAGCGUAGCUGAUGUGCACACGCAAAAAUUAUGCAGCCUUUGUAUGUGGUAGUUGUCAAAGUACGUCUAGUUUUAUAUAUACAUUACUUUCAUUUGAAAAGUACAAGAUAGCUCGUGCUCUUAGAUGAGAGGAAUGUCAGUAUCCGGUGAAUUUUUAAUCUAAUACUCUGUAACUUAGGGUGGAUAAAUAUGGUGAUAUGGUAUCAAUUUUUUAGCCUUUGUGUUGCCUCUGACGAUUUAAAAAAAAAAAAAAUUCAUUUGUGUCUGUGGUGGUGAAAUGCCACAUAUUUGCACCAUGUUAUUAUUCAUAACUAAUUAUGGCUUAGCAAUCAUUAAGUUGAUCAUUAUUAAUGUAUGUGAAUAAAUAUUGAUAUGUGGGUAUCAUUUCCCAUAAUGCAGUAAGUGUUCAUUCCCAUGUGAUCACUUUCAACCAAUGUGUUGUAUACCUUGGUGAUGCUCUAUUGUAACCAUGGAAAUGGAUCUAAGGUAAAGCACAUUUUUAUGUCCACACCAUGUUGUCCUAUUUGAGAAAAGUUUUUGUGCAAGUUUUUAACAAGUUGUCCUAUAUUGUUUUUGUAGCCAAUUUCAUUAAACUGUGGUACAUACCACAUAAGCCAUUUUGUUAAGCCUAAUUUUGUUUGUUUAUUUUUAUUUAAAAAAAAAAGUUAAAUAGCAAAAAAGUUACCUCCUUUUGAUAGCUAUUACUUGUUUUUUUUUCCUUAUCGUUAUUUGACAAUGGUGUCUGAUUUCAAUUUGACUUGUUAGUUAUGUACAUGUGUCUGAAAUGCAAGCUUUCUUAGAAUACUGUAUAUGUACUAUUAUUAUAGCUUAUCUUUAAUUAAAACGAUGUAACAAAUUCUGGCAUUUUUUUUUGUAUAAUAAAAUAUAGCUAAACUAGAUUAGACAAUGAUAGAAGAACUCGCUGUUAGUUGUCAUUUCAGCACUCUAUUCACUAUUUUCUUAAGUACAUCAUAACUGAACAGUUCAACAAUUGUUUUUCUAAAUCAAAAAUUAAACAAGAAUUGUGAAAUUGAUUGUGCAUGUUUUUUUUUUAAUCCUGUGGAAAUUCAUAAACAAUUUCUUUCCUCGUUUCAGAUUUGCUCAUCCACCAGCGUUGCUAAAUAAUCAGUAGCUUUUAGUUUAAAUAAACUAGGAAACUGAACGAAUUUAAAAUAACAAAACACUUUGUGUGUACACUGUUCAGCGGUGCAAUAGUUAAAUGGCCCAACUGAAUAUUGAAGAAGUUAAGGGGUGCAAUGAAAUGCAACUAACAGUGGGGCACUUUUGUUUUCAACGUCCUUAAACUGCCAGGUCUUGUACACUAGGGGCGUCAUGAACAUAACUAAUGUAGCGUCAGUUAAAUUCAAGUUUAAACUGCGAUCUAGUGUCGUGUAAUAAAUUGGCAGUUUCUAUUUUUUUUUUUUUUUAAAUUUACACCAUUCCCAGACUUGCAAAUUCCCUGUAAUGAAUUCUGUAGUUAAAGUAGUGAUAAAAAUUGUCUAUACCUGGAUUUGGUGGUUUUUGAAAGAUUAUUCUGGUCAUGUGAAAUUUCAUUGUUUUUAAAUAUUUCUAAAAAAAACAAGCCUACGCUUGCACUUGUAUAACAUGUGAAACCCCACUUCACUUUACAAUUGUAUUACAGUCCAUUAUUAAAAAGGAAUUUCUGAAAAUGUCAGGAAAUACCAGUUUAUGAAUUGUGUGUGGGGUAAGCCAUUGCUUGUUUCACGAGUACAGUUAUUUAACAAGCUUUGGCCUAUGUUAGUGUCACAUUUAUUACAUUUCAAAAUACUAGGUGUUUUUAGGUGAAAGUUUGUGAUGUACACCAAAAUGUCUUUUUAAGCUUCUGGCAUGUACAGAGAUAAAACGCUGAACAUGUUGCAUCAACAUUGUUGAAGAUCUUUGCAAGUUGGCUUAACUGGCAUAAUGGCUUAUUAGGAUUUGUUGCAUCAACAUUGUUGAAGUUCAUUGCAGUUUUAAUACUUAGCAUAAUGGCUUGUUUGUUGCAACAUUGUUGGUAUUCAUUAUGCUGUGUUGUGCAGUUGACAUAUUGUUGCAAUCAUGGCUUGAUUUUCACGCCAUGUGCCGUUGAGUUGGCAAACUUACUCAUUGGGCUUUGUUGCACCACCACCAAGCAGUGUUGAGUAGUGUUCACCUGGCCUAUUUGCUGGUUGCUGAACGUCAUGACCAGAAAGGCAUGAAAGUCUUGUUGGACAGUGUUUUUUAAAUUCACAGUAAUUUGUAGUACCAUAGUUCCAGUGCUUAAUGCUUCUCAUUGUUUUACCACUGUAUUAAAUGGAGGAAUAAAGGCAAUUUUUUUUUUUCAUUUUA